CGCUACUGCCGAGCCAUAACCCAGCCCUAAAAAAAAUGUUUUUAAAAAAGAAUUAAUCUUACCCAAAAGACAGGCCUGAGCUUUGCCGCUAGCUCCGGGAGGGGGCAGAAAUGACAGACCCUAAUAGACAGGCGAGGAGAAACCGGGUGUAAUUGCAAAAGCGCCUCGUGGUCCCACCCAGAGCCUGCCAGGGCGAACCUCAAGUGUUCACACACCCAGUUAUUCUAAAAGGAGCACCAACGACAAGGCCGACCCAUGAAAAGCCUGCUUUUCCCCGACAGGCAGGACCCAGUGGCCUUUGAGGAYGUGGUCGUGGACUUCUCCCCYGAGGAGUGGGCCCUGCUGGACGGUGCUCAGAGGGACCUCUACAGGGACGUGAUGCUGGAGACCUUCAGGCACCUGGCCUCCGUGGAUGACGGCAGCCAGCGCAGUGAGCCCGCCCGGCCAGGAGCCUUGUUGUCCAACAAGCAGAAGAUCGCCAGGUUCAAAAGGAACAACACCUGGGCUUCCCUCUUGGGAGAGAAUUGGGGACAGCACUGCAUCGAAAAGAGRGACAACAAACAGGGGAGACAUCUGAGCAGAAUCCACACGCUGAAGCGACUUUGUGCACGGGGUAAAAGGAACGAGGGUGGCAGCUCCUCCUGCCAGACGCCCAGGAAACCCCCCCGGGCAGCCAAGCGCUACGAGUGCGGCGAGUGCAGGAAGGUCUUCACCCACUCGUCCUCCCUGCAGAGGCACCGGAGAAUCCACACGGGGCAGAAGCUGCACAAGUGUGCCGAGUGUGGCAAGGCCUUCAGCCGCCCCUCGUACCUCAGGACGCACGUGAAGACCCACAGCGGGGAGAAGCCCUACGCCUGCAGGUUCUGUGGGAAGACCUUUCUCCGUUCCUACUCCCUCACCGAGCACAUCAGGACUCACACCGGGGAGAAGCCCUUUGAGUGUGAGCAGUGUGGGAAACCCUUCAGCUGCCCCAAGUCCUUCCGCGUGCACGUGAUGAUGCACACCGGAGGGAAACCUUACGAGUGUGAGCAGUGUGGGAAAGCCUACAGCUGCCCCAAGUCCUUCCGUGUCCACAUGAUCAUGCACACCGGGGAGAGACCCUAUGAGUGCCAGCAGUGUGGGAAGUCCUACUGCUGGCUCACGUCCUUUCAGAGACACGUGAGGAUUCACAACGGAGAAAAACCCUACAGAUGUGACAAGUGUGGGAAAGCCUUUGGUUGGCCUUCAUCCCUGCACAAACACGUCAGAAUGCACACGAAAAAGAAAUCAGUGAGUGCCAGCAGGACCGGAGCCCCUUCAGGGAGCGUGAUCCUGCAGAACGGAAAGCGACUCUACAGAUGUGACAAGUGUGGGAAGGCUCUGGGCUGGGCCUCUUCCUUGCGUAAACACCUGAGGAAGCACGCUGCAGAGAGCGCUGUGAGUGUGAGCGGCGCAGAAGAGCCUCCCGGGGGCCCUCAGCCUUCCGAAAAYGCGGCGCAGUUGGAAGAGGAGCCCUAUAAAUGUGAAAACUGUGGGAAAGGGUUCAGUUGUGCCAAAUCCUUCCAAGGUCACAUGAGAAGUCGCCACGGAAAGAAACCCUGUAAAUGUAAGUAGUAUGUAAAAAAAAAAAAAAAACAAACCAACCUAUGCAGAUUAAGUCAUCUAUAAAGGUCCAGAAAAUUUACCCCAGGAGAGAAAUCUUAUUGAUAAAUGGGGCCUCGCCUUGGCCAAUACCUCAUCCUAAAAGUGAAACCCUAUCAAAUGAAUUUCCAGUUUUCCUGCAAGUCAACACUGGGGUGAGACUUCUCUAAGCGCUCUUUCAUUUAUAGAACAUGAAAUUUCAAUAGAGUAGUUUUUCCUAUAAGUUCAGUUGCUUUUUCUCAUUUUGAAGUGUGCUGCACCAAUGGGGAAUUUGCCGUGUGUUUCUACAUUGGAAGUGUGACUUUCGUAGUCGUUGGUGGUUCUGUAAACACGGGCCAUCAGGCCAAUGAAAGGUGGGUCUGUUAGCGUCUCACUGUCCCUGUGUCCCACGCGGAACACCACAUACCCACRUUUCCUACCUUUUUAUUUCAUUGAGAAAAGUAACAAUUUUGAUGUUAAUACUUUUUUACUUACAUAAGGUAUGCAUUAUCACAAAAAACACCUUUGGCCAGAGGCCUACGGUUCUAUUUGUAGAGCUCUGCAGCCACUUAUCAGUUGGUUGACUCGUCGGCAGAGACUGGUAGCAGGCAGAGAUCCUGAGAGCGGUCGGUGGGAAGUGUUGUUUUCACAGGAUGCCCUGGGCUCUUUGUCCUGCUGGGGACUGGACCAUGGGUCUGAAUCAGGAAGAGAAGCCUGAGAGGAGCAGCCAUCUGGAGACAGAGGUGGCUAGCGUCACGGUCACAGGGUCAGGCCAGGACUACACCUCCCAGGAUGCCCUGUCUGGAAUUCUGUUAGCCCAAUUUGCAGGAGCUUUGGAAGAGGCMGUGAUUCAGUCGGUCAGGUCACCACCACGUGGCGAUCCGUGCGCAGGGACCCCAGGGUCUGGCUUAUUUUCCUGAGUUUAGCCCCAUCCAUCAAAAGCAUCUUUAAAAUGCAUAUCAGCGGCUUGUCCUCCAUUCUGUUGGAGGUCGCGGCUGCCACAGGUCCCCAGGGAAGGCUUUCCCUUCAUGGAUGCACCUCCAGGUGAGACAUCCAGAUGGGUGUCCCUACAAGGUCUACGCGGCCUGCCAGGUUCUUUCUGUCCCCGUUUGUGAAGUAUGUAGUCUAAUUUGUAUGAUGGACGCCUCAUUCUCUUGAAACUUCUCACGCCUCUGUAUCCCUGAUUCCACGGUGACAGGGUCAAUAACGGCCAUAAAAACACCUGGACUGUUUCCUACUGCAGUGUCGAGAGGCUGCCCUGACCAGGUUCAUCUAUGAGAUGUCACUGGGGACAGACGGGGGGCUGAGUACAAUCCUUCAAUACGUGUCCCGUUACUGUUUAUGUGUCACUGAAACAAAAAGAGUUUCUGAGAAAUAUCCUAUUAUAUUUUCACAUAAGUUGUACGUAGAUGUCUGUGAAUUUAUGAUGUUACAUCCUGAUAGACCCAUGUGCGGAAAAUGUUGUCAGUUGAAAGUGCACUCGACCCACCUAGCUACCCGACGCCACCGCCUGGCCAAGAGCCCUACACGUGCCCAGAACACCUACAUUGGCCUGCGUUGGGCAGAGUCCUCGGACACAGAGGCUGGUGGACAGAAGCGUCUGGCGAUUUAUUGAGUUCCUCUAUCCAAAAAGUUCYAGCCAUAGGGCACACCCAGGCACCUCACGGUCACGUGGCUGAUGAGCCGCGGCUGGCCUGACCACCACCAGGGGAGAGGCUUGGGCUUCAGACAUGGGCCGGAAAAGAUGGAGAUUGAAAACCUGAAGACUGGUCUCAACUGAAUUCACAUCACCUGCCUCGUGACAAGUAGCCACACAGUGCACCACGUGAGUCAGGGUCCCCACUGUGUGAUGUAGGAAGAACUUCUGAGAAGCAGGAAUGAGUUUGUACUAACAAGUGCCAUCAUUUUCCAUGGACUGAAAGGAUAUAUUAAAGUAUUAAAACCAUAAAUGGCCAGAUCACUUUGUAACUCUGUGAAUUUACCUCUGCAUUCAAGUUUAGUAAAUUUUAGUAAACUCAUUGUGA